AUGUUACAUGCAUGUACCCUCGAGUCCGCGCUUCUCAAAGGAGACAGCAAAGCAGAGAUCGUCCACAGGCUGCCCCCAAGCCCACCAGCGGAGGAAUCUUACGCCUACUACACCAUUGACGAUGUCUUGAGAAGUCUCGUGCGGGACGCACCCGAUGAGCCCCUCGUGGGCUACCCACAGAGUGCGCAUGGAGUCACCGAUUACGUUUACUACACCCCGCGCGAUCUGGACAGAUUCGCCAAUGGUGCUGUCAAACAAUACAAGAAGGCCGGCCUUGCAGAGUUCGCCCACCCGACCGAGAACCGCGUUGUCUCUAUCCUCGGACCCUCCAACCUCGAUUAUAUUGUGUCACUAUUUGCAUUGUCCCGCAUGGGCUAUGCUGUUUUGUUAUUGUCGACCCGUCUGAGCACUGAGGCUUAUAUCAAUCUUCUCGAACGCACCAACUGUACCAAUAUUGUGCAUGCCCAGGGCAAUGCCAAAGCAGUCGGACAGAUGAUGGGGAAGUCUUCAGUAGCUGCAUUUGCAAUUCCAGAAUUUGCGAACUAUUCCGAAGAAGUGUGGCAACCAAAUACUGCACGAGAUGGAACAGCGCAAGAGAGUCAGAAGUGGGCUUUUAUCAUCCAUUCGUCUGGCUCUACCGGCCUUCCCAAACCAAUCUUCCAGACCCAUGGUGCUUGCAUCUCCAACUACAGUACGAGCAAAGGCUAUCGAGCGCUACUGACAUUGCCACUAUUCCACAACCACGGCCUCUCCACCUUCUUCCGCUCCCUUUUCAAACGAAAGCGUAUAUCCAUCUACAACGCUAAUCUUCCACUGACCGGGAAUAACGUGUUGGAAGCGAUGAAGGUCACGGCCCCGGAGAGUUUUCAUGGCGUGCCAUACGUCUUGAAGCUGCUGUGUGAGACCGAAGGAGGAACCCAUGAGCUAGCCAGGUGCCAGCAGGUCCUCUUUGGAGGGAGCAGCUGCCCGGAUGAUCUUGGUGAUCGGCUAGUGAAUGCUGGAGUCCGAUUGAUCAGCCACUACGGAGCGACCGAGCUUGGGCAAUUGAUGACAUCUGCGCGACCCCUGAAAGACAAAGCCUGGAAUUAUCUUCGGCCACUGCAGUCUGUUGAGCUAUUCUUGAGAUGGAAACCUCUUGAAGAUAAUUCUUAUGAAUGCAUUGUUCUCGAUGGUCUCCGAUCCAAAGUCAGUUCCAAUUCAGACGACCCUCCAAAUUCUUUCCACACGCGGGAUACCUUCCUCAAGCACCCUACGAUACCUAAUGCCUGGAAGUAUCUAGGACGCAUUGACGACCGAGUCACUCUGAUCAAUGGGGAGAAAGUUCUCCCAGUGCCGAUCGAACAUCGUAUCCGACAGAGUGUCUACGUACAAGAUAACCUCGUGUUUGGGGUUUCCAAGCCCAUUCCGGGCUUGAUCGUGGUGCCCAGUUUGGCAUGCCACAGUCUCUCAUCUGACGAGAUUCUGGAUCGUAUCUGGCCAGACAUUGCUGCAGCGAAUCAAAAUUCAGAGGCGUUCAGUCAAAUAUCGCGGAAUAUGGUCAUCAUCUUGGACCACAGCCAGUCUUAUCCAAUGACCGACAAGGGAACCAUGAUUCGCAACCGCUGCUAUAUGGAGUUUAGUGAUUUGAUUGAAGCGGCGUACACGCGCCUCGAAACUGGAGCUGAAAGCAAUGAGAAUCGCCGCGCUUUGGAACUGCCUGAGCUGGAACAUUUUCUGCUGGAUCUGUUCCGUACUGACCUUGGAUUGUCUGAUAUUAAGGUCGGCACAGAUCUGUUUGAGGCUGGUGUAGACAGCUUGCAGGCCAUCAAGGCGCGUGCUAUCCUCCAGUCGCAAAUUGACGUUGGAUCUGCCACCCUCGCACACAAUGUCAUCUUUGACUGCGGAACAAUCAGAAAGCUGGCCGCACAUUUGUAUGCAGCACGGACAGGAGAGGCCUGGGAUUCGGAGGAUGAGUUAGACGCCAUGUCUCGGUUGAUCACACAAUACUCGACGUUUGUCAACAGGCCAGCUAGUGAGCAAGUUGUCCUUCUCACGGGCACUACUGGCUCUUUGGGGGUAUACAUCCUCUCACGACUUCUGCAGCAAUCCUCGGUGAAGAAGGUAUUCUGCCUUGUACGUGCGAGCUCUGUACCCAACGCGUUAGACCGCGUUCUAUCGAGUUUAUGUUCACGAUGUCUACCCAUUGUCAACGCGUACAAGAUUGCCGCCUUCCCUUCGGUGCUCGGCAACGAAGAUCUCGGCCUGCCGUCAGCAACCAUUGCUGAACUACGGGGCUCCCUGACACAUGUGAUCCACUCCGCCUGGGCCGUGAACUUUACCGUGGGUGUUUGCAGCUUCGAACAACAACAUAUCAGAGGUAUUCGAAAUCUCAUCAAUCUCUGUCUGUCGAGUGAACGACCGUCUCCUGCCGAAUUCUACUUUUGCUCUUCAAUCUCCGCCGCAGCUGCCACGCCUCUCCCAGCAACUAUCAGCGAAGGGCCCAUUCCCGAGCUUGCACAUGCUCAAAACAUGGGAUAUGCCCGAUCCAAGCUAGUUGCGGAGCGAAUUGUCCAUGCAGCAGCCAAGACAACCGGGAUGGUUGCCAAGGUUCUGCGACUGGGGCAGAUUGUGGGCGACACCGUGACUGGAAAGUGGAACCCAACGGAAGCGAUUCCACUGCUGCUUCAAACCGCCAAGACGCUGGGAGUAUUGCCGGCUUUGGAUGAGACGCCGUCAUGGCUCCCUGUGGAUGUGGUCGCGAAUGCCGUGCUGGAGCUGAGCGGGAUCCUGCCGAGUGAUACCGCAAAGCGCCUUGUUUCAGACCCUGAUGUGGUGUACAAUGUACAAAACUCCAGAACCUUCCGAUGGACGGAAGAUCUGUUGCCUGCUCUGCGCGAGGCGGGAUUGAAGUUCGAGACCCUUCCCCAGAGACAGUGGGUGCAGCGGCUGCGGGAGUCUGAGCAGGAUCCGCAGAAGAAUCCAUCGGUCAAGUUGCUGGACUUUUUUGCAGACAAAUAUGAUAACGAUGCUCCUGGUCGCUCGGGAUUGUCUUUUGCGAUGGAGAAAACAGAAGCAGCGAGCCGUUCGCUAAGAGGGGGUGUGGAUCUGAUUGAUAAUGGGUUGAUUAAGAAGUAUGUAGAUGCAUGGGCACUAGUGUGGUGA